AUGGCCAGCAACGACCUGAUUUACAUCUUCCAGCACGGCCACGGCUUGAUCACCUUCACCAGUGUCCUUACCGUUGUGAUCCUGGACCAGUGGAAGAUCAAGUUUGAGCCAAAGUAUCUCCUGCAGGCGAUGCUCUAUUCGGAUGCCCUGGCCUUCUGCUUCUUCUAUGCCGGAGUCGGUCUCGGCAACACCUUAUCGCCGUGUUCGCAGACAUAUCUUGGAUUUAUAUCUGACCUCGUAUGGGCAGCAAAAGAUGGGUUUAAAAAUGCGUAUCUAGUGUGGAAAGUCCUCAAGGUUGUGUCAAAGUUCUCCAAGAACUUGCAGCUGCUCAUGUACUCCGCCACGGGGAUUGUUUCCUUCUUCCUCUACAUCCUCUACAUGACCCAGGCAUACGUUCUCACGGGAACCUGCCAAGGCAACGGCACCGUCAGCAUCACCUGGACUUUGAUUCUCCUCUACCUCUACUGGUUCGCCGUCGACUUUAGUGUCUCUGUGGUCUUCCUCUGGUUCCUGUCCAGCCAUGUGGCUUCGUCCCGCCUGCUCUCGGGCCGUCCGUCCACUGCCACUGCGGCUGGCACCAAGGGAACCCCAACGGCCCUUUCCCGUGUCCUGCGCCGAGAAACGUUCCGAGUGGCCUUCUCUACCGGUCUGGGCUUCAUCGUCUGCAUCUUGGUCGUCAUUCAGUUCAUCACCGGUCUCACGAUCGUGUACAUCAACGGAAUCAUCUUUACCAUGGCCCAGCACAUCCUUAUUCUCAGUACCGUCAACAACAAGUUCAGCGACGAGGACUCUUCGGCUACCAGCAGCCAGGGCCAGACCCAAACCGGCACUCACAAAGUGUAG